UCUACCACGAUGGCCUUCGCCCCAGCUCCCGUUCCCGAAGAACUGACGACAGAUACCACCGCCCCUCCGACGGUGCAGACGCUGACAUCAGCUCUGGGCGCCGUUUCUGUUGCCGAUAUCUCGCCCUCUGGGCCCGCGACACCUGCUGCUGCCGAAAUCGAUAAGUCGAGUCAAGAUCAGGUCGUCACUCCCUGGGAUGUUCAGGGAUCUGUAUCCGCAGAUGGCAAGCAGCAAGCGAUUGACUACGAGAAGCUGGUCGUUCAGUUUGGCACGCGACGAGUAGAUGCAGCUCUGCUAGAGCGGUUCGAGAAACUGACCGGUCAAAAACCUCAUGUCUUGCUCCGACGCGGGAUGUUUUUCUCUCACCGGCAUGUAUUGCCCUCCAUCGCCGUAGUAUCUUAUUGA